CGUAGCAGUCACAUGAUCAUAUGACAAUUUCAUUAUUCGCCAUCUUGCGUGGAAGAACAGCGGAGUAAAAUUCAUAUCACUUUAUUUUAUUUUUCCUUUGAUUUAUUCUUUUAAAUAACCAGAAGAAUGGACGGAUUCGAUGCUAAUGCUCCCCCAUACACAUCUUUUUUCGGAGUAAUGGGUGUAACUUCGGCCAUGGCCUUUUGUGCUCUUGGUGCUGCCUAUGGAACAGCUAAAUCAGGAACAGGUAUUUCAGCUAUGGCUGUGAUGAGACCUGAAUUAAUCAUGAAAUCCAUUAUUCCUGUAGUCAUGGCUGGUAUUAUUGCUAUUUAUGGUUUGGUUGUAGCUGUCGUUAUUACACAAAAUAUUUCUGCAGAUAGUUCAUAUACAUUAUAUAAGAGCUUCCUUCAUUUAGGUGCUGGAUUAAGUGUAGGAUUAAGUGGAUUAGCUGCAGGAUUUGCUAUUGGUAUAGUAGGUGAUGCCGGUGUCCGAGGAACUGCUCAACAACCUAGAUUAUUUGUUGGCAUGAUUCUUAUCCUUAUUUUCGCUGAAGUAUUGGGUCUCUAUGGACUUAUUGUUGCUCUUAUCUUAUCUGUCAAACAGUGAUUACUCUCUAGAUUUAGCCCUCUACAAAUUAAUAAAAUGGUGGCAAAACAGAUAGGGAACAUCCAUUGUGGUCUGUUGUCAACAUUUAAUAUUGUUUCUUUAGUAAAUAUAAUACCUAUUGUAUCCAGCUAUUAUAUUUCCUAAAGUAUCUGAAAUAUUUUUGUGGUUCAUAAAUGCCUUUCAGCGUGAUUUAUUGUUUAAAGCUUACAAAAUGAAAUGGCCAUGAGGAAAUGGAAUUCAUCAAUUGUUUAACAUGUAACAAAGAGUAAAAAUGUAUUGUAUUGUGCAUUAUGAACCACAAAAAAGUGACCAUAAAGAACAAAUUUCUAUUUACCAAGUAAACUUAUUACCAACCAAUGAUUUUACUUGAUUUAAAAAAGGAAAUAUUAUUGUAAAUGUUAUAGAACAGAUGUAUAUAUUUAAAUUCAAUGUAAGUAAAAAUCCUAGUAUUGUUUUUUUUUGUUUCAAAUCAAGUAAAUCUGAUUGUGUUUUGUGUGAUAAAUGUGAUAUGAAGCAAAAUUGAAAGGAAAAGCCUCUAAAAUAUAUGAUUGUAUUGUUAUCACUUUGCCAAAGUUCAUAAUAGACACUUUUAUUUGAUUGAUAUUAUGUUGCUAUCACUAAUGCAUGUAUGAUAACAAAGACCGAUUUGAUAACUUCAAUAUCAUGUGCAUAAUUAUUGAUCCAACUUAAGAAAAAAAAUUGUAUUCUUUCCCCUUUGCAUGGUAAAGUAUUAGGUUUCUUAUUUUGUCUCAUUUGCAAUGUGUCAAAUUUUGAAAGCAGUAAAAAGCAAUGUUGGUUAUAUAAUUUGAUAACUGUUGAUUUUAAUAUAAUAACUAUUUAUAUUUGUUUAUAUACCUCCUUUAAACUUUUAAUAUUGUGGGAUUUUCUGAUAUUGGACUCAUAAAAUAGAUAGAAAUGGCACUUAUAAUAAGGAUUUUCUUUACAACCGCAGAGAACUUAAAGAACUGCUUAGACUAACCUUGCCUUCUGAUCAACAUAGACCCUUUUCAUGGAUGCCAAGUGCUAUUCCACUGAAAUAGUACUACAAGAAGUCAUGAAAUGUCAGGAAAAUUUUCACUUCCUUUGGGUUACAAGAAUAGUGUUUAGUAUCUAGACUAAAAUCUGAUGCAUCUAUCGCGUUGUGAAGUGUUAAGAAAUUGAUUAUAACAUUCCAUCUGUGCUAUUAAGAUACUGUAUUUAUCUUUUGUGUGAUCAAAGUUAUAACCAUUUAUAGAAAGAUUAGUUGAAAGUAGUUAUUGUAAGUUUAUCUGUACAUUCGGUGUAUAUUAUAUCUGUAUCCCCUAAAUACAAGUUGUUUCAUGUAUCUUCUCUCUUUGCAAUUAAUUUGACUUUGAACGCAAGAUGGUGAAUCAUGAAAUAUUUCUUCAGUCUGCAUAAUGAGAUCUUUGACUUGUGAUUAAUGAUCAAUUCUGAAAAGCUAUCAUAUGGAAAGUGCUUUUCUUUUUCACAUGAGUGUUUUGGUAGAAAAUUCAAAUCCAAGUCUCUGAAAAAGUCUGCAAUGAGAGCUGAAGAUGAAAUCUUAGUUGUUUUAUCAAGACUAACCAUAUAUCAAGUCUUAUAGAGAAGUAAACUUGAUAUAUACCAUAUUGCCAAUCAGUUGUAGAUAUAGAGGUUUAUGUUGGUGUGUUACAGCACAUCAUGUACAAUGUAUUUUGUUUCAUUGUAAUUAAUAAAACUAUCAUCCUAAUUUUUAUCACUUGUAUUUUUCACGUUCCAGUGAGUCAGCUUGCACAAAUGCAGCUAGAACUGUUGUGCAUGAAAUUAGUUAUUGAUAUUGAGCUUGUAUUAAAGGAUAAUGGCCC